UAGUGUCUAAAACAUUAUAGUGAAUAUUUUUGGUUUAUAGUUUUUAAUAUUAAUUAUGAUAGUUUUAGUGGAUAUAAAUUAAAAUAUGAAAAUUUUUAUAUUUCUCUAUUUAUAAAUUUUGGUUUUAUUUUUUUUCGAUAUUUAAAAUAUUUUUUAAAAAAAUAUUAUUAUUUAUAUGUAAUUGAUUUUGUCUUUUAACUGCAACGGCUAACUUAAGCUAUUUUUUUUUAUUUUGAAUUUUUUUAAACAAUUUGAAGUGGUUUACAAUCUUUUGUGAUUAUUGUAAACGUAAACAACCACUACGAUUCACAAUAUAUUACUACGAUAAAGUUGUCAAACCCUUUAAUACUCUUGUCUACUAAGAAAAUUGUUUACCACUCCAAAUUUGGUACAAAAUCCAUAUAUUUACCAUUCGUUGAAUCUACAGAUUGAGGUGUUUGUUUGUCUCAUUUAAAAUGAUUCUUAGUCAAAGUUAAUUCCUAACUAAUAUAACAAAGAGAAUAAAUUGUAUGUAAUAAUUCCUUUUUAACUUUUUUUGAAAAAAAGAUUUAGUCCUAUUCAACUUUCCAUUCCAAAUUAAUCUUUAUAUACUAAGAAGAUCCAGCAAUUAUGACAACAUCAUCAUAUAGUUUAUCAUUCGUUGAAUCUAACGAUUCUAAAAGAUUUGAUCCCUUUUGUUCUUGUUUCGGUUCCUUCAUGCAUAGAUGACAGAUUUAUUAACAUUAUUAGCAAAUAGUGCAAAUUUGCAAAGCUCCUAAAAACAAAUGGCUGUCAAAUUAUAUGUGUUCACUAUUAAAUAUUUUUAUAAAUAACUGUUUCCUUUUAAAAUACGUAUUUUUAAAGAUAAAUAAUAUUUUUUAAAAUUUGUAAUCAAUCAUUUAAAAUUUAUUCUUAAUAAAAAAUUAUAUUCAAAAUAAUAUAAUAUAUGGUUUCCAUUCAACUUGUUGAUUUUAAAGACUGCAUCAUAGUGGGCAACAAGAGAAGACUGCGUUAGUUGUGAUAAAACCUCAAAAUUAUUCUAGGUGUUCGAAUAAUGCCAAAGAUGCAUUACCAACUAAACAUGGUGAUAGGUUUAUAGUUAAAAAGUUUAUUUAAUUAAUAAGUUUUCAUUGAUUUAUGAAAAAAAAUAUGAAAAGAUUUAUGAAAAACUAGAAUUGAAAAUCUAUAGUCUCUGGUCAUGCAAACUAUUGUGCACUCCGGAGGUCAAAGAUAGGUUUCUAAAUUCAAAAAAUACCACUUAUAGUAUUUUGUUCUGGAGACACCUCUCAGAUCAUGACUAGAUUCACAGAACCCUAUCAUGCAACCUAUCAAGAGUGUAUAUAUAAGCACUCUCUGUAGCAUCUAACAUAUCAGAUACAAAUCCGCAAACACCUCUUUUCUUUCAAAAAUCUCCACUUUCUCUUGAUUAUCACAAUGGAUUCGAGUGAUCAAGCAGACAGAAUAUCAAAUCUACCAGAUGUUCUUUUGGUCCUCAUAGUUUCAUGCUUGUCUUUCAAGGAAUGUGUUCAAACAUGUGUCCUCUCCAAGCGGUGGAGAUCUGUCUACCUUGAGACGAGGAAUGUUUCUUUCAAGGAAACCGACUUCUUGAGCCCUUCUGUCAACGCAAAUCCCAUAAGAAAUGCUUUGGGUAGGAUUGUGUUUGUUGAUUACGUGCGUCGUUGGGUCGCUAGAAUCCAUGACCAACCCAUCGAUACAUUCGAGAUCUCUAUCUCGUAUCCAAAGACUUACUUGUAUGUGAUCGAGUCCCUGAUAGCGUUCGCGGUCCGAAAAAGGGUCAAGAACUUGGUUCUUGAUUUCUCAAACCCGGCGUGGAGAACCUUUCAUGAUGUAAACCUUGAUGAGUUGGUUGUUGAAAUCCCAGAAAGCGUCUAUGAUCUAGCGACUCUUGAGUCGUUGAAAGUUUGCGCGUGCAAUAAGUUUGACCCCGCAAACCUAUCAAACCUAGGAAAGCUCAAAACCGUCUCUUUCGGCUGGAUGGAACUGACAGAUCCUGAACCUUUUCUAACGACUUCAAGGGUUGAGAGUUUAACUAUCAAUGACUGUUGGGGACUUGAAUUCAAUAUGAUAAAAGGGAAUAUGAGAGAAGUUGCAAUCAUAAACUGCGAAUUUCUCCUUAACUGCAUCUUUGAUCUCCCUAGAGUUGACAUACUCAAGUACUCGGGAGAUAUUUUCCCCUUCGAAUUCGAUAAAAUGAAUACCAUCAUAAGCGAAGUUGAUUUAGAUUUCCGCGUGUUGGACAAUAACAAUGAUGAAUCAGACGAUUCCAACGCAGAAGGAGGAAUGCUUUGUCAUCUCCUUAAUAAUCUCCUUGAUGAUGGUGGUCGAUCUGCUACGACGUUAACGGUUUGUCCGUUUCUACUCAAGAUGAUUCCAAGAUCUGAGCAUCCACAUUUUCUUCGCCCGAUGGAAACAAAACAUUUAGUGCUGAAGACGGAGUUGCAUCCGAGAGAGUUCAAUGGAAUUGGGCUUCUUCUCAUGAAUUGCCCAAAAUUGGAAACACUCACAAUAGAUUUGCUUCCUCCAAGCCCCAUUGCGGUAAGUUUUCUUAAUGUAAAUUAUAUAUACCCUCAAAAAUGAAUUAUAUGUUACAAUAUAUAUAUGUGGAUCUCUUCAUAUUAUUAAACCACGCGACAAUAAUUUCAUAUUUCUCAGAUGGCUUCAUCAUAUGCUGGAAUCGAUCCACAGACAUACUGGAUGCAAAACAUAUCAUAUGAGUGCCAGAGAGAAACUCUAAAAGCAGUUAUAGUGAAAAACUUCAUUGGUGGCGCAAAGGAGCUGCACAUAGUGAAGUUUUUUAUUCGAUCUGGAUGUAAGCGCCUGGAAAGAGUUGAGCUAUACAUGCCGUUUGAUUUGGACAACGGUCGAAAGGUGUUUGCAUAUGCCAAAUCUGAAAUGUUGCAGAAAAUUUCAAAGCAUCUUCAAGUUGUGGUGCACAAUUCUUGAAGAGGUGAUCUAUCAAGACUUCAGUACCGGGUUUACUUUGCCAUUUAAUAAUGUUUUCAAGUUUGGUUUAAUAACUUCAAGAAUGGAUGUUCUUGUUUAAAUCUGUUAUGUUUGUUUCGGUUUAUUUGUUUUAUGAAUAAGAGCCUCAGGAAAGACGAGGACUUGGUCAUCUCUAUGAACCAAAGAAAAACUUUCUCUUUUAAAGAUUUGGUUAUUGUUUCCUGCUAGCUUAAUUUCUUUGAGUUCAUAUGCUUUUGGUGCAUCUUUGGCUUAGUUAAAUUGAUAAUGUACAGGUGCUCUUGUUAUGAAAAAUGUUUAUACUAGUAUAUUAAUUGAUAUAAGUGGUAACUCGUGCCCUGCGCGGAGUGAUGGAUUAAAAGAGAUUAUAACUUUGAAACUAUAUUAAUUUAUUGGUGUAAUUUAAGUAUAUUUGAAAGAAAUAAAUCUGUAAGAGUAAGUAAAGACUUAUAUAAAUUUAUUAUGAGUUUAAGAUAAAAUAGAACAAAACAUAAGCAAUAAAAUUAUUGUUUUCAUAAUAUAAAUUAUGAAUAUAAAAUAAAAUAAAACAUAGGGAAUAGAGUAAUAAAAUACGAAAGAAACAAAUUAUAAAAAAACAAAUAAAAACUGAUAAAAUCACAACUGCUGUGAGAAGUGUCUUCAGAACUCCUAGUAUGCAAUCCUAUAAAUAGCCAUAACAAAGUAUCAGCUUACUAAACUAAACACAGUUAAUGAUAUUCCAAAUUCACUAAACGAAAUGAUAUACCACUUUCUGAAAGCAUUAAUUUCUAGAACAUCAUUGGGUUCAUAAAUAAUUUUUGAAAACCCAUCAAUGUUAGUAACGUUAUUCAAUCGAUCUUAUCAUGAUAAACAAAACAAUGUAAGCAAAAUAUUAAGAGGAUAUCACCUCCAACACUUUUUAUUUAAAUUAUUACAGUACAUUACCUAUUCUCCAAUUAAUUUUCCAAAACUGUAACACACAGGAUACAACAUUUGCAUAUAUAGAAUUCCAUAAAUCUUGGAAAACAUGAGCAAGUGCUUCAUAAGCAACCCAAUUAAUCACGACGUUACUAUAAUCAAUUAAAAAUUAUAAUAUUUCAGCACACAUGAAAACAAACUAAAUGAGUAAAAAAAAAAUCAAAUGUGGAAUACUUACUCCAUGUAUGUAUGAUAUAUAUGCAUAAAUUAGAGGGUUUAUUGCACAAGAAUUACGUAAAUAAAUUUAUUACAUCGCGAGAUCGUAGGCAAUCAAAAAAUCACAAAGAUUUCGACUUUCCAUAUUGACUUAAGUAAAUUUAUGCGUAAGUAAAUGUAUACCAUAUUGACUUUCCAUAAACUUUUAAAUCAGAUAUUAGUUACUUUCCUAUAUUAACCGGAUUGGACUGCGUCGCGAUGAUUUCGUGCAUGGUAUCCAUAAUUAGUGUAUUUCUUCAAUUCCUUGUUGACACAGCAAUUAGUGCUGAGAAUCCCAUAAAUAUAUGACUACUAAUAGAUUU